ACACCGCUCGAGAGAGCAGAGGGGGGAGGGAGAGAAAGAGAAGACAUAUUUACAUCUCUCACACAGCCUCCGUCAGAGAAAACAGCGAGAAAAUACAUUUGGUGGACAGUACUCAACCAGACCAUACAUCUUGUGUGAUUUCGAUCAAAUUGUGCAGGUGAGAAUCGACAUUUGAAACGGUUGGUUGUCGUGGUGUAUGGUUGAAGACAGAAAAAGGACACCGAAAAUUGGAUCAUCAACUUAAUAUGGAAUUUCCGAUGGCCCAAGAGACGAACCCGAGCCUGACGCCUGUGCUUUGUGCCACUGGCUGUGGUUUCUAUGGCAACCCCAGGAACAAUGGCAUGUGCUCGGUCUGCUACAAGGAGCAUCUGAACCGACAGCAGAGUAGUGACUGCGGCUUGAGCCAACUUAGCCCAAUGGGAGCAGUCGGUAGUUCUACCUCUGAUGCCUCAGCCAUCCAGAGACUGGAGGCCAGUCUAGCCAAAGUAGACACGUCAUCUGGCUCUGCUGCAGACAUGGCUAGAACUAUUCAAGGCUCUCUUCCAGUGACUCAACAAAUGACAGAGAUGAGCAUCUCAAGAGAGGAUAACCCAGAUUCCCUAGAGCCUGUUGUGAGUCAGCCUACUGCCUCUAGCCCUGUCACUGCCAGCAGUGAUGAAGUCAAGGAAGACACCCCCAAGCCCAAGAAGAAUAAGUGCUUCAUGUGCCGCAAGAGGGUGGGCCUCACAGGGUUCGACUGUCGCUGUGGGAACCUGUUCUGCGGUGUCCAUCGGUACUCCGACAAGCACAACUGUCCUUACGACUACAAGGCGGAGGCAGCUGCCAAGAUCCGCAAGGAGAACCCUGUUGUGGUCGCUGACAAGAUCCAGAGAAUAUAGGGUUAAGAACCAUCCACACACAGACUGGAGUAUGAUUGUGAACCCUUGACAUGAACACUGGCACGAGUGGCAAAAGGAUAGGAGUCAUUUUUAAAAUCACAACCUUGAGAAAAUAAAGAGUUCCUGCCCAAGGGGGAGAUGCAUGAACGGUCACUUUUUUUGUUUUCCCUCUUUACUGUGUGUCUUUGCCGAUAUUCUGGAGAAAAAAAAAUACAUGUAUUAUCUUUUAAAAGAGCAGCCCAGGGUAACCUUCCAGGAGAGGCGUGUCUAUUCUGCAGAACCUAUUUCUAUCUGGACGUUCCAUCACAACUCAAUACAGCCCCAGAGCUGUUUGGCCACUUUGUUGCCAAAUAGUUGACAAGCCAUUUUUUCUAAAGUUGUGUGCACAUGCAGUAUCCCGACGAGUUCAGUUGAAUCUCCAUUUCUACUUUCCGUUCCCAUUAGUGUCAGUCGGGUCAGUUGUCCAAUAGGUAUGACCACUCCAGAACUGCAACACUCUCCCAAAAAGCAGUUGGGCCUUUUUUCAGACCAUCUCUCCUACCUGCCUACCUCACAGCAGCAGGUCAUGUUUCUCAUCACAUUGUCCGUGUGAAGCCUUUUUCCUAAUCGUCUGUUACAAUCACUUCAUUAUUGCCAGAGGAAGGCACCAUUUCUGUUUCAUCACUUGAACGCCACGGUCAGUCUUUACGUUCAUUGGAAGAGGCAUGAGAAGGAGGACAAACCCAUUUUUACCAACUCAUGUGGAACAGGACUUUUAGUCAAGGAGGUCCUAGACUAAUCUAAGGUCAGAAUCUCCCAACUGUGGUCUCAGGCAGAGGGUUGCGUGCAGUUCUCUGGUUGUGGCUUGGGCACUACCUAUCUGUUUUUUUGGCUAUAUGGGGGGUAUGAAUGGGAUAACUGCAUGGGUUGCUCUAUCUUAAAUCAUGUAAAAUAUCUGAAUGAAUUGCUAGGUCAUUAUUUUAUCCGCUGAGACAUGUUUAAUCCCUGUUUUUUUAAUAUAUUAAUAUAGUACUGAUAUUAGCACAUGUAUUCAGUGCAGUUGUGAAGUGAGACAGCCAUGCUAUGUGUUGUUUUUGUGUGUGUGUGUUAAGUGAGAUUGAGUGAACACGUGGGUGUCAGAUUGUGCGUUCCCCCAUCUCCUUAUUUUGUUAAGCAAUAUCCUGUAGCCUUGCACAUGUUUACAAGGCUACAGGAGCAUGCCAGAAUUGCGAUUUGAAAAAUAGAUUCCAUAGUUGGAUUCCAACUUAUCUUUUCAGCUUUCUUUCUGCUAUUGGUCUGUGUGUGAGACUUUCCUUGGCUGUGUGAGACAUUGACAGUAUGUGUCCUAUGUUGAUCUUUCUUUUUCUCCCAUAGGGACGAGGUUUUUACUUUUUAAAAGAAAGGUAUCCGUUUCAGUUUUUUCCUUUGUUAGUUAUAUGCAAAUUUGUACAAAAAAACUAACUAUUUAUGUAUUACAUAAUCUUGCUACCCAGCAUUACAGCAUAAUUGUAUCAUGUAAAUAAAGACUGUGUACAGAGACAUUACAAGG